AUGGCGUCAAAGGUGGACGCGCGACUUUUAAAGUCGACCAAAUUCCCCGCUGAGUUCAAUCAAAAGGUCGACAUGCAAAAGGUCAACCUGCAAGUCAUGAAGAAGUGGAUUGCGAACAAAAUUUCCGAUAUCCUGGGAAACGAAGACGAUGUUGUCAUUGAGCUCUGCUUUGGUCUCAUCGAGGGAACACGCUAUCCCGACAUCAAGUCUCUCCAGAUUCAACUUACCGGUUUUCUGGACAAAGAUACGGCACCUUUUUGCAAAGACUUAUGGAAGCUACUGCUGAGCGCUCAAAGUAGCCCUCAGGGUGUGCCCAAGGAGCUUCUCGAGGCGAAAAAGCUGGAACUGAUGCAGGAGAAGAGAGACGCCGAUAAAGCAGCGGAUGACGCUCGCAGACGUCGCGAUGAUUUCGAUCGCAGGGACCGCCAAGUUUCAGACAUGAAGGAGAGAGACCGACGGGACAGGCAGAACAAUCGAAAAGAUCGGAGCCCCAAAGCCGCGGCUCACGAGAUCAAUAUGGUCGUGACCGCGACAGGUAUAUCCCGAAUGAGCGGCAGGGACGCGGGAGGGAGCAAGACAGUCGACGCCGUCGACCACAUUCACCCUCGCCAGAUGAAUCGUCACGUUCGAGAUCGCGUGAUAGGAGUGCAUCAGCCAGUAGCAAUGGGUCGAGAACGCCUCCACGCCGGAGAACCUCGCCGCCAAGACAUCGCGGAGGUCGGAAGCGAUCAAGGUCGCCAAGAGGAGAUGCAUACCGCCCCAAACACGGCCGACGUCGUUCCAGUUCUACCCGUGAAUCCCGCUCCGUGUCAUCGGGUCGAAGCUCGCCCGCACCAAAGCGAAGGAGGGGGGAAUCAGAAUCACGAAGCAGAUCACCACCAAGGCGGAGGCGCAAAUCACCAUCAUCUGGAUCAAGCAGUCGGUCCCGGUCUCGCAGUCGUGACAGAAGCUCUCCGGCAAGAAGGCGCCAUAGGCGUAGGCACAGCAAUGACAGCGAAGAGUCAGACGGUCACCGGAGGGAUGCAGACAGGGACCGGGGAAGAAGUGGCCGCGGCAAAGAACGGGAUACGGGUCGACGACGAAAUAGCUCAUCUGCUUCUUCAACCUCAAGACGUGGGAAACCAGCAGACGAUUCGGAAAAUGAGCGGCGCUCGUCAUGAUCAGACUCGAGCGAGGCAUGCGGGAAAGACAUCAUUCGUCUGUUGGCCGGUAAGGUAG